GAAGAAGUUUUCCCUUAUCCAGAAAUUACCAAUGAAGAACUAGAGGAGAUCAACCAGUUUGUAGGACCUGUAGAAAAAUUCUUCAGUGAAGAAGUGGACUCUAAAAAGAUUGAUCAAGAUGCAAAAAUCCCCCCUGAAACUUUAAAAGGACUGAAGGACUUGGGUCUUUUUGGUAUGCAGAUUCCAGAGGAAUAUGGUGGUCUUGGUUUAUCAAAUACCAUGUAUGCACGUUUGGGAGAAAUCACUUCUUUAGACGGAUCUAUUGCAGUUACUCUGGCAGCUCAUCAAGCUAUUGGGCUUAAGGGAAUCCUCAUUGCUGGCACUGACGAACAGAAAGCAAAGUACCUGCCUAGACUGGCAUCUGGGGAGCACAUUGCAGCUUUUUGUCUCACUGAGCCUGGAAGUGGAAGUGAUGCUGCGUCCAUCCAGACAAGAGCAACCCUCAGUGAAGAUGGGAAAUACUUCUUAUUAAAUGGCUCCAAGGUUUGGAUAUCAAACGGUGGCCUUGCUAGUAUUUUCACAGUAUUUGCUAGGACAGAAGUUGUUGAUAAAGAUGGACAACUAAAAGACAAAAUAACUGCUUUCAUCGUAGAGCGGGAUUUUGGUGGAGUCACCCAUGGGAAACCUGAGGAUAAGUUAGGCAUUCGAGGAUCCAAUACCUGUGAAGUACAUUUUGAGAACACAAAAGUGCCUAUAGAGAAUGUAAUUGGAGAAGUAGGAGGGGGAUUUAAGGUUGCCAUGAAUAUCCUAAACAGUGGAAGAUUUAGCAUGGGCAGUGCGUCUGCUGGAAUGCUUAAAAGAUUGAUAGAAAUGACGGCAGAGUAUGCUUGUACCAGGAAACAAUUCAAUAAGAAACUGAGCGAAUUUGGAUUAAUUCAGGAGAAGUUUUGUUUUAUGGCUGUGAAAGCAUAUGUAAUGGAGAGUAUGGCUUACCUCACUGCAGGAAUGAUGGACAAGCCAGGGUUUCCAGACUGCUCCAUGGAGGCAGCCAUGGUCAAGGUGUUCAGUUCUGAAGGUGCAUGGGCUUGUGUAAGUGAAGCGCUGCAAGUUCUUGGAGGCCUCGGCUAUAUGAAAGAUUACCCCUAUGAACGCUAUCUCAGAGAUACCAGGAUACUUCUGAUUUUUGAGGGAACAAAUGAAAUUCUGCGAAUGUAUAUUGCUUUGACGGGUAUGCAAUAUGCAGGAAAAAUCUUAACCGACAAAAUUAAAGAAAUCAAGAAAGGAAAUGUAGGAGUGGCACUGGGGGAGUUCCUAAGCAAAUUUCGCGACGCGAUGGGCAGAAAAGUGGAUUAUGGGCUAGUUGGUGAUCGUGGAGUGGUGCAUCCCAGCCUCCAGGAAAGUGGCAAGAAACUUGAAGAAAACAUUUAUUAUUUUGGAACUACAGUGAGAGGCCUUCUAAGUAGGUUUGGCAAGACAAUAGUGGAAGAGCAGUUGGUUCUGAAGAGAGUGGCAGAUAUAGUUAUUAAUUUAUAUGCAAUGACAGCAGCUAUUUCCAGAGCUAGCCGGUCUAUCAGUAUCGGUCUAAGAAACCACGACCAUGAAGUGCUUCUUACAAAUAUCUUCUGCACGGAAGCAUAUUUCAAGAAUAACUAUGCUAUGGCUCAAUUACAGAAAUAUGCAGAUGAAAAUUUGGAUGACUGUAUUAAAAAAGCUGCAAAGCAGGUACUGGAAAAGAGAGCGUACAUCUGUUCCCAUCCACUGGACAGGACAUUCUAGUUACUUCCCUGACAGCAAAUACUGAUGAAUGUAAAUCACUGACUUAAUUUUCUGCAGUUCAGGUAUUUGGCACCUUAAAAAUAAUUAUUUUGUGAGUUUACUAAAUGUAGCUGUAACUGUGUAAAAUAAAACUUCUAAACACAACUUCAUAUGAAGAGGAUAAAUAAAGAAAUUUUAUUUAAAUUAUCAAGUUAUUUUAUUAGGUGUAUAUAUGUCUG